UUCAGAGACAGAGAAAGGCGCUGUCAGACUGCGCUCCACUUGGGGCUCGCCUGCCGCGGGUUUCCGAGCGCCCACACUUUUCUGCGGUCGGGGGAACCCUCAGCCACAACCCAGGCGGUCAUUCUUCCCGGGCCGGGUUCGAACGCCAUUAGCUCCCACACGCGCCGGGACCUUCGCGCGGAGCCCGCCGGAGUCCUGCCCGCUGGAUUCGAGGACCCGCUUGGAUGCUUCGUCUCCGAGCGCCCUCGGAAGAUGGGCGGGCAGCCACGCGCCUAGAGGCACCGAGGGCUCACCAGUCUCCCAGGCACACCCGGAGGGCUCGGCCCGGGGUCGCGCGGCGGUGGAGAUGGCUUCCAGCCCGCUACCUGGGCCCAACGACAUUCUGCUGGCGUCGCCGUCGAGCGCCUUCCAGCCGGACGCGCUGAGCCAGCCGCGGCCGGGUCACGCCAACCUUAAGCCCAACCAGGUGGGCCAGGUGAUCCUUUACGGCAUUCCCAUCGUGUCGCUGGUCAUAGACGGGCAGGAGCGCCUGUGCCUGGCGCAGAUCUCCAACACGCUGCUUAAGAACUUCAGCUACAACGAGAUCCACAACCGCCGCGUGGCGCUGGGCAUCACGUGCGUGCAGUGCACGCCCGUGCAGCUGGAGAUCCUGCGGCGCGCCGGGGCCAUGCCCAUCUCGUCGCGCCGCUGCGGCAUGAUCACCAAGCGCGAGGCCGAGCGCCUGUGCAAGUCGUUCCUGGGCGAAAACAGGCCGCCCAAGCUGCCCGACAACUUCGCCUUCGACGUGUCGCACGAGUGCGCCUGGGGCUGCCGUGGCAGCUUCAUCCCCGCACGCUACAACAGCUCGCGCGCCAAGUGCAUCAAGUGCAGCUACUGCAACAUGUACUUCUCGCCCAACAAGUUCAUCUUCCACUCGCACCGCACGCCCGACGCCAAGUACACGCAGCCCGACGCCGCCAACUUCAACUCGUGGCGCCGCCACCUCAAGCUCACCGACAAGAGCCCCCAGGACGAGCUGGUGUUCGCCUGGGAGGACGUGAAAGCCAUGUUCAACGGCGGCAGCCGCAAGCGCGCGCUGCCACAGCCCGGCGCGCACCCAGCCUGCCACCCGCUCAGCUCCGUCAAAGCGGCCGCCGUGGCCGCCGCCGCCGCUGUGGCCGGGGGCGGGGGCCUGCUGGGCCCGCACCUGCUGGGCGCGCCCCCGCCGCCGCCUCCGCCGCCGCCCCUGGCCGAGCUGACAGGCGCGCCGCACGCGCACCACAAGCGGCCGCGCUUCGAGGACGACGACGACUCCCUGCAGGAGGCGGCCGUCGUGGCCGCCGCCAGCCUCUCCGCGGCCGCCGCCAGCCUCUCGGUGGCCGCGGCCUCUGGCGGCGCCGGGGCGGGCGGAGGAGGUGCGGGGGGCGGCUGUGUGACUGGCGUCGGCGUCGGCGCCGGGGCGGGGACGGGCGCGGCGGCCGGCGCCAAAGGCCCGCGCAGCUACCCGGUCAUCCCGGUGCCCAGCAAGGGCUCGUUCGGGGGCGUGCUGCAGAAGUUCCCGGGCUGCGGGGGGCUAUUCCCGCACCCCUACACCUUCCCGGCCGCCGCCGCCGCCUUCGGCUUGUGCCACAAGAAGGAGGACGCGGGCGCCGCGGCGGAGGCCCUGGGGGCCGCGGCCGCCGGUGCGGGCGGCGCGGGCGCAGCGCCCAAGGCCGGCUUGUCUGGCCUCUUCUGGCCCGCAGGCCGCAAGGACGCCUUCUACCCACCCUUCUGCAUGUUCUGGCCACCGCGGACCCCCGGCGGGCUGCCCGUGCCCACGUACCUGCAGCCGCCGCCUCAGCCGCCCUCGGCUCUCGGCUGCGCGCUGGGGGACAGCCCGGCCCUGCUGCGCCAGGCCUUUCUGGACCUGGCCGAGCCCGGCAGCGCGGCGGGCAGCGCCGAGGCCGCGCCGCCGCCGCCGCCGCCACCGCCGCCGGGCCAGCCACCUCCGGGGGUAGCCAACGGCCCGGGCUCCGGCCCACCGCCUCCGGCCGGGGGCCGCGACGCGCUCUUCGAGUCGCCCCCGGGCGGCAGCGGCGGGGACUGCAGCGCCGGCUCCACGCCGCCCGCGGACCCCGGCGCAGCGUCCGGGGCAGGGGCUGCGGCCGCCGGAGCGGGCCCCGCGGGCGCCCGGGUGCCCGCACCCCACCACCCGCACCUUCUGGAGGGGCGCAAGGCGGGCACCGGAGGCUAUCACCACUCGAGCGCCUUCCGCCCGGUGGGCGGCAAGGACGACGCGGAGAGCCUGGCCAAGCUGCACGGGGCGUCGGCGGGCGCACCGCACUCGGCCCAGGCGCACCACCACCACCACCACCACCACCACCCGCACCACCACCACCACCACCACCCCGCGCAGCCGCCGUCGCCACCGCUGCUGCUGCUGCCCCCGCAGCCCGACGAGCCGGCCUCCGAGCGCCAUCACCCGGCUCCGCCGCCGCCGCCUCCCCCGCCGCCGCCGCCCCCGCCGCUGGCCCCGCAGGCGCACCCCCGGAGCCUGCUGUCCCCCGGGGGCACCAGCUGCAGCUACCCCAGCGAGGACAGCUCGGAGGACGAGGACGACGAGGAGGAGGAGGAGCAGGAGGUGGACGUGGAGGGCCACAAGCCCCUGGAAGGCGAGGAAGAGGAGGAGGAAGGUCGAGACCCUGACGACGACGAGGAGGAGGAAGACGAGGAGCCGGGGGUUCUCCUAGGGGACCCCUUGGUCGGGGGCGGCCGCUUCCUGCAGGGCCGAGGGCUGUCGGAGAAGGGCAGCAGCCGGGACCGCGCGCCGGCCGCCGCGGGCGCCUUCCCGCUCGGGCUCAACUCCUCGCGGCUGCUGCAGGAGGACGCCAAAGUGGGGGACCCGGGCGGCGCGGACCUGCCCCCGCCGCCGCCGCCGCCGCCCCUGGCCCCGCAGAAGGCGAGCAGCGGCGGCAGCAGCCCGGGCAGCCCCGGCCACCACCCGUCCCUGGAGGAGCAGCCCUCCUACAAAGAUAAUCAGAAAACUAAGGAAAAUAACCAAGUGAUUGUAUCCACAAAGGAUGACAACAACUUUUCAGAUAAGACCAAGGAGCAUAGCUUUUUCAUCACAGACUCCGACGCUUCGGGAGGAGACUUUUGGAGAGAAAGAUCAGGUGAACACACACAAGAAGCCAGCUCACCUCAUUCACUCAAGAAGGAUGUAGAAAACAUGGGGAAAGAAGAACUUCAGAAGGUUUUAUUUGAACAAAUAGAUUUACGGAGACGACUGGAGCAAGAAUUCCAAGUGUUAAAAGGAAACACAUCUUUCCCAGUGUUCAAUAAUUUUCAGGAUCAGAUGAAAAGGGAACUAGCCUACCGAGAAGAAAUGGUGCAACAAUUACAGAUUAUACCCUAUGCAGCAAGCUUGAUCAGGAAAGAGAAGCUUGGUGCCCAUCUCAGCAAAAGCUAAAAGGUGCACAGAAACACUUACUCUGUUCUCUUGUAAGAUACAGCCUGCCAUGGAGCACUUCCGACCUGCAUACGGACUGCACAUUGAAAGGGCUUGGGAAUCAAAUACAAAAUCAGGUUCGCGAGAACCCAAGGACAAGUGACCUCAGAGCAGCAUGGACAACCAUGUAAAAUAGACUGUAGCAGCCAUUCAUUAGUGGGGGGAGGGGGGAGCCACCCAGAGCAGUCAAUGCUUGUCGCAUCUUUUGGUGGAACCAAAGUUGGAGUCUUUGUGUUUUUUAAAGGACAAGUGAACCCAGAGCGUGGGAAGUGCUGUCAGCCAACCGGGGUGGGAAUCCAUGGAUGGUCCCAGGUGGUGUCAGUGCCACACACAUGGAGAGAGCAGCUUCAUCAGCUGUCUUUCACUCUUGAAGAAGCAAUUCUUGGUAGAAAGAAAACACAAGAUCUGGCCUGCGCGUGGGGAUCGUGUAUGGACAGCUGGUGAGGCAUCCUGUACAAACCGGCUUUUCAUAGCAAGCUAGACGUGGCCCCUUCCUCGCUGGUACUUUGCCUGCUGUAUGAAUGAAGAUUGUAUUCCUCUGGAAAUAUUUUACAGUUUAAUAUUGAGUAUAAUUAAGAAUAUAAUCAUGUUAUCAAAAAUGGUAUUUAACGCUGUUGUAGUUUCUUUAACAUUCAUGUGGAUAAAA